UUGUCUUUCUGGCCACGUGCUUCGUUAAUAUUCCACACGCCUUGUUGUCUUCCAUGCCUGUGCUGCUGUCCAUUACAAGCUCGGUGGACCUCAGUCUCUAAACCUGUCCGGGACCUGCGGGCAUGGGAGAAGCGUCCCCUGCUCAGUCUGCUGCAGGGGCAUUUGUACCCAUGUUGGGAGUCGGUUUAGGAGCUAUGCCCGGCGGGGUCGGCAAUGGACCGGUGGUGACCACCUCCAGGGGCUCCGCGGUGCCACAGCUGCACAACGCCAUAGUGGAGCGUUUGCGCGCCCGCAUAGAGCUGUGCAGGAGGCACCACUCCACCUGUGAGAACCGCUACCAAAGAGCUCAGGCCGAGAGCUCGGACCGGGAGCACGAGAAUACGCUUCACCUGCUCAACAUAGUCCACCAAGGUCCUGGGAACCGAAAGCCAAAGGGCAGCCGGGGAUCACACCAGCAACCUCCAGAGUACCGCAUAUCCAACGGAGAGCAAAGGAGCUCCGAGGGGGAACAGAAGAUUUCCACGCGCAUAGCGCUUCAAGGAUCUUUGCGGCGGAAAAUUGAGGGUCAUGCACCAGGACACACACCCAAGCAAAAUGGUCUCGCCUGUGGUUUUUCUGCUUCAGACUUUAAGAGGGUCCGUGUGGAUACCAGUGGUCUAGGGCAUGGGCCCUGCAACCAUAGCAUGACCCAGUCUCACUCUCUGCAAGAGUCAUCAAGCAUGGGUAUGCCGAGGAAGAAUUACAUGAUACCCCAUGCCGUGGGAUCAGAUCUAUUCAACAUGACCCUGAAAGAAAUGAAAAAAGAGCCCAUUGAGGUCCAGUCUUGUGGCCAGUCACAUGCAGAGAUGAUUUUUGACUUCAAAGAUGAAGGUGGUGGUCAGAUUGACCCAGAGCUCCAGGAUCUGUUUGAUGAGCUGACAAAGACAGUGCCCCCGCUGAAUGACCUGGAUUUUGAGAAGAUGCUAAAGCAGGAUGAUGCAUUUGGAUUGGAUCUAGGUCGGCCAAGCUCUGCAGGAGCAGCAGCAAGUCUGUGUUCCCCAAUGGAGAAGCCGGUAAAGAUGGAGCAUUCGCCAGAUUUUGGCCAAGUUCACUGUGGCUCACCGCAGCUUCGACCAGCCUCGGCAGGGCCCUCUUUCACGCUGACCAGCACCUCUUCUACCACCACGUCACAGAAAGCUCCCACUCAGUCAGGACACCCCCGAGCCAUGCCCUGCUGGCCAGAAAUAUCCCAUGCAGAGCAGCUGAAGCAGAUGGCAGCAAACCAGCAGCAGCCGAGCUCUCUGCUCCAUCACCACCACCAAACACCACCUGCAGCACUGACCAGCUGGGCUCCUGCAAUAAGCACCCACUCCUCCACUAGCACCUUUCUCCUGGACAAGGUCUCCAGCCCAGCAACGCUUAGCCAGCAGAGGAACAGCUCCCAGAGUAAAGGGAUUAACAACUCUUUCUUCAAGUCAAAUGGCCACAAUGGCUCCCAUCAUUUGGACAUGAAAGUCCUCAACACCAAGCCCACGUUGCACUUCAGUCCCAAAGCAUCCCCUUCUGUCAGCCAGCCGACAAUUGUCAUGGCAAGCUCAGCGAACAAGACUUCGGCCCCACAGCAGCAGUCACUAUCCACAGGCCAGAAUCAGCCACGUUCACUUCUCCACUUCCAGAAUCAGCAGAUUUCCACAUCAGGGGCCCUAUGUCUGCAGCCCAAGUCCAUUCCUGCAGGGCUGCCUUUCAAAAUGUCACAACAGCAACAGGGUGUUCCUCCUGGUCCGAGGCUGCCCACUAAUGGAAGCUUAGGUGUUAUGUCAGGCCAGUUGCAGCCACAGCCCCCAGCGCCCAGCACCCAACAGAAAAGCCCAGUCAGAACUCAGGCCAUGCAGAGACAGCUUCAGCAACAGCAGCACACCAUGGGCAAUUCAGACAAAGACAAUGCACAUGAUCAGUUCAGUCGUCAUCUCACCAGACCACCACCUGAUUAUAAUGGGUCUGGUUCAAAGAUGAGUCCUUCACCAUCAGACCGCAGAUUUGGUAUCAGGGCUGACUGUCAUCUGAACUCUGGUGUCAGCCAGUUCCAGACACAUAACAAUCAGAAUCGAAUUGGACUAAAUCAAAGUAAAUUAAGGUUUCUGGGGCCCAACACACAAGGAAGUUCCUUUGGGAUGAGCAAUGUAGCUGGUGUGCAGCACCCCAGAACAGCAACUGAGCUGCAUUCCUCGGGGGUGCCGGGACAGUCCCUUGGAGGCUUGAUAACAAAUGUUAACAUGAGUUGGGGUGCAGCAAACAAGCAAGUGGCAACCGGACUCAGUGUUAGGCGACUACCCAACCCGCUACAGUCCCAGGGUGCACAGCUGGACAUGCCAAACCAUCCGUACCAACAGAAGCACAUGGGUCCUCCCAACCAGAUACCACCAGACAUGGGGAUGCUCCCCAUUAACCCUUCGAUAAGAGACACAGGACCAAGGCCAAGCCAGCCAAUGAUGGGCUCUCCAUCAGCAGUGGGAAACCUGAGCCAGGCCUCUCCUGAACAGAGGGUACCUGCAGGCAACUUUGCAGAGCCUAGUCCCAACUCCAGCAGCUACCAGAAUAACAGAGCCAGCCAUCUGACCUUUGACUUCCUGCCGGAGGGAGACAACACGGUUCCCGGGAUCAACACAGACUCAGACUUCAUAGACUCUCUGCUCAAGUCUGGUUCUGGGAAUGACGACUGGAUGAAAGACAUAAAUUUGGAUGAGAUUCUCGGCAGUCACUCAUGA